AUGUCAAUCGGAACCCGUGCUCAGCCGCGGCUCCUAAGCGCCAUCUUCUCUGUCCCGGCGUCCAACAAGGCGGCUCCGUCGCCUCUCCUCCCAAAACUCUCCGACGAUGGCCCGAUUCUCUCUUCGUUCCAAAAUAAUAGUAGUUCAACCUUCUCCUUUUCAAAUCACGAGAGAACUAAUAGCCGCCUCUCUACUUAUCAAGACAUAAAAUAUGGAGGCCGUAUUAUAUAUAGUAGAACAGUAGGAGAGGUGGAAAAGGCUGCAAAAGAGCUUCUAGAUUUUGUGGAAACUAAGAAAAGAAAGGAGGGCGAGUGCAUCCUUGGCCUUGAUAUUGAGUGGAAGCCGUCAUUCACAAGAGGUGUUUCCCCUGGGAAGGCUGCAGUUAUGCAGAUAUGUGGAGACAAUAGUUGUUAUGUGUUGCACAUUUUUCACUCUGGCAUUCCUAAAAAUUUGCGAACUUUGCUUGAGGACUGCUCUUCUUUGAAGGUGGGUGUGGGAAUUGCAAGUGAUGCAGCUAAGGUCCGUCGUGAUUAUAAUGCAUUAAUUAAUAACUUAGAAGAUCUUUCCAAUCUAGCCAAUCAAAACCUCGGUGGGAAACCCAAGCAGUGGAGUCUAUCAUCGCUAACUGAGAUGCUCAUUUACAAACAGCUUCCCAAGCCAGGUAAAAUCAGAAUGGGAAAUUGGGAAGUUGGUGUUCUAUCAAGAGAACAAAUAAAAUAUGCUGUCACUGAUGCAUAUGUCUCUUGGUACCUGUAUCAGCUACGCAACUGCAAUGUCAAUUUCCGCUCCUGCUUCUUCGAGCUGCCAUAUGUCGUUCUUCAGUCCGGUAGUCCUGAAUUAGUUGAUCAAGUUUGCGAGAGGUAUGCCGAGUUCUCGCUAAAAGUUCUUCAAGAUAUGGGUCAAGCCGUAGGGGUUCGAAAAUUAUUUUCAAGACUUCCCAAAGAGGCUCAGGAUUGUUACAGUAACGAUCGGAACAAUAUUACAGCUAACAGCAACAAUUCUGCGGCGGCGGCGGUAGUGGCCGCGGUUCCCAAGCCGAUAUGGAUGAAACAAGCGGAGGAGGCCAAGCUGAAGAGCGAAGCAGAGAAGGCCGCUGCUGCCAAAGCCGCAUUCGAAGCCACCUUUAACAGUUCCCAACUUCAACAACCUCAACCCCCAUCGGCCGCGUCACCCGCCUCUUCGGAUUCUGACGACGGUGAUGACAGAGCAUCUGAGAUGAACAGCUCCGUGGGGCCCGUGGACCCUUCCAGGUGCACUGCACAAGGGGCAGGGAUUGCUGGAGGCACGGCGUGCGUGGGGGCCACGUUUACAGUACUCACGAAGGAUGCCGAUGGGAGGAAGGUGGUUCAGGGUGGGGCUCAAGUGAAGGUUCGUGUCUCUCCAGAUGCUGGAGUUGGAGGUGAUGAGCAGGACGGGAUAGUGAAGGAUAUGGGGGAUGGAAGUUACAGUGUGACUUAUGUGGUUCCUAAGAGGGGAAGUUAUAUGGUACAUGUGGAGUGCAACGGGAAGCCUGUUAUGGGAAGUCCUUUCCCUGUCUUCUUCAGCGCAGGAACUCCCACUGGUGGUCUUCUUGGAAUGGCUCCAGCUGCUUCCUUCCACACUUUAGUGAACCAAACCAUGCCCAACAUGCCAAAUUAUUCUGGUUCUGUAUCUGGUGCUUUCCCAGGGUUGCUUGGUGUUGUUCCAGGUGUUGCUUCUGGGGCCUUGGGUGGAGUGGUUUUGCCUGGAGUAGGUUCCUCUUUAGGAGAAAUAUGCCGAGAGUACCUUAAUGGACGAUGUGCUGCUACUGACUGCAAGUUUAAUCACCCACCUCAGCAUCUACUGAUGACUGCUUUAGCUGCCACCACUACAAUGGGAACAUUGAGUCAAGUGCCGAUGGCACCGUCUGCUGCUGCAAUGGCUGCUGCUCAGGCAAUUGUUGCUGCUCAAGCCCUUCAAGCCCAUGCUGCAGCCCAAGCUCAGUCCUCGAAGGAUUCUGGUUCUGCUGACAACGAACGGAAGGCUGAUUCACUUAAAAGUACUGUUCAAGUUAGUAACCUCAGCCCACUUCUGACUGUCGAUCAGUUGAAACAGCUUUUUAGCUUUUGUGGAACUGUUGUGGAGUGUACAAUUACCGAUUUAAAACAUGUAGCCUAUGUUGAAUACUCAAAGCCAGAAGAAGCCACUUCUGCGUUGGCACUGAACAAUAUGGAUGUUGGGGGUCGUCCAUUGAAUGUCGAAAUGGCAAAAUCACUACCUCCAAAACCCAUUUUGAAUUCACCAUUGGCUUCAUCGUCUUUGCCUAUGGUGAUGCAGCAAGCUGUUGCCAUGCAACAAAUGCAAUUUCAGCAGGCUCUAUUAAUGCAGCAAACGCUGACUGCCCAGCAGGCAGCUAACCGUGCAGCUACAGUGAAGACUGCAACAGAAUUAGCUGCAGCUAGAGCUGCGGAGAUAAGUAAGAAGUUGCAAGCUGAUGGACUGGUUGUAGAGGAGAAGGAAUCUGGCAAGAAGUCUAGGUCACCAUCUCCAUCUCAUGCCAAGUCAAGGUCUAGGUCAAGAUCCAAGUCGAUGUCUCCUAUUAAUUAUAGAUCAAGACGAAGGUCAGUGUCAUACUCACCUCCUACUCGUCGCAGUCGAGACUAUAGAUCCAGAUCACCUAGAAGAUCUCGCUAUUACUCGAGUUAUGAGAUGGAGCGUAGAUACUACAGAAACAGUAGGGAUGCUAGUGACAAGCAUAGAAGACGAGUGCACGAUGAUGGUUCACCUGUUCACAGGAGAAAGAGGAGCAGGAGUGUGAGCCCUCAACCUAAGAAGGUGUACCGUGAAGAUAUAGGCUCACCUAGACGCCACCGAGAAAGUCAUGUUGAUAGAACAAAGAAAUCGACACACAGUGAUUCAAGAUCUCGCUCUCAUAGGAGAAGAUCUUCAUCUUCAGGUGAUGAAGCAUGUAAAUCAAAACAUAGGAGACACUCUUUAUCUAGGUCUGAUGAAGUUAAGCAUCACUCUUGUGAUAAGAAAGACAAGACAAAUGAAGAAAAACCAAAGAACCGGAACAGGAGACGCUCCAGAUCAGGUUCUAUUGAGGGUCAAGAUCAUGGACGAAAAUUUACCCCAAGAGUUCUGGAGGAGAGCAAAUCGAGACACCGAAGACGAUCAAGGUCCAGAUCUCUAGAAGAUAAGCAUCAGUCAAGUGAGAAAUAUGAAGGGAGGAAAGAGGAUAAAUCAAGAAACCGCGAUAAAAGACGUUCUAGGUCGAAGUCAACUGAAAGGAAGAAUAGGAAAGGCAGUAAGGCUGCUGUAGGGCAUUCAGAUGGUGAACACAAGUCGAAACAUAGGAAGCAGUCUCGAUCACCACAUAGGGAAUGCUCCCAGUCUAUUGAAAAUAAUGAUAAUUUAGGUGAUAUUGUUCCUGUUGAAAGCAAAGAUAUCCCAGUGAAGGAUAAGAAUGAUACAUCUGUGACAUUAAAUGAUGUCUAUGUGGACAGGUUGAAUGAAUUGAUGGAUAUGAAUGCUGGAGAGGCUGCAAUUGUUGAGAAUUCUGCGAAAUAAUGCCAGAAGAUUGUGGAAAUCUGUUGCUAAUAAUUUUGAAUAGACUGGUAAGUCCGUUACAUUCCAUGAAGAUGCAGGUACCUGGACUGCUAUUCAUGGUCACCAGAUGAAUUUGGCACGAUAUAUGUGUCUUAUUGCAUAUGUAUGGUAUGCAACUGCAGAUCUUGGGUUUAAUAGCAUCUCCACAGUUAAGAUUGUUUGGUUAGGUGAGGUUCUCUAAAGGCGACCCUGAUUCAGUUGCGUGGUUUGUUGGUUGGUUAGUUUCUUGGUCUUUUCUCACAGGUAAAUCUCUGUUUAAACAAAGCCUUCGGCUCAGCUGUGAAAUAUUUGGGAGAUCAAGCGAACUGAUGCUUCUGAAUAUUUUCGUGAUGGUUCUCUUUGUUUCUUUUCUCUUUGUUCUCUCUUCAUUUUAGCUUGACUAGUCACCCUUGCUUGAUGGUGACAAAUUUAUGGAUUCCUUCUGGUUACUUUCAUUCUUGAUGUACAUGAACAAAUCUUGAAACUAGCAUGGAGAAUCAAAUAACAUUGCUGCAUGGUAACCCUUUUUUGGUUAGUCAUGCAAAGUUGGAAAAUCUAUAGUGAGAUCUGAUAAGAACAUAUAAUAGUUUGGAUCAGGUCAGUAUUUUGUUAUGAGGCUUCCUUUUGGGCCAUUUAAGUGUUGAAUAUCUCAAUGAUUCCCCCAUAACAAUUGCCUUCGAUUAAUUUUGAAGGCUCUUUAAGACAUAAUACUCUGUGGCGACAGGUCCUGCAAAUUAUUGAGUUCAAAAGUAGUUCUGGCUUAUGCCAAGUCUUCAUCUUUAUGAUGGAAAAUAUUCAUAAGUAUUGGGUAUAUGAGGUCUGGAUUUGUUUUUGGUGAAGCAUAUUUUGUGACAAAGCUUUAGACUAGAAAUUGUUCACAAUUUGAAUAAGAAACAAGGAUGAAUAUGUCAGAAACUUUAGUCCAACUCUCUGCUGUACAUUUUUACUAUCCAAGUAGGCCUAAGUUGGAAAAUUAAGGUAUAUGUAUUUAGACCAAAAUUGUUGUGCGGCCUUUUAAACUUUGUCUUCACAUGACAAGCAUCGAAACCUAUUUGAUGUCUUCCCGCCUUAGUUUAGUGAAUAAAAAUGUAGCCAACUAAAGAGGGUAGGUGUUUUUGUGAAGCACAUCUACUGUAUCUUUAAACAGAGUCUCCAUGUGAUACAUGUGGAAGGCCCAAAGCUUGUUAUAAUUGGUAAUUAUUAUUUUGUAGACUUUUGAGUAGUGUGCUAAAAAUCCAGUUGGGCGCUAGGUGCCAGCGACACACAAGACCCCGAUUUUUAUCUAGGUGACCCUUUUAUGUGCUGGAUAAAUUAGGCGUCUCCUAGGUAGGCUAGGCGGCUCAGGCAGUUGCGAAUUUAGUCAUCCUUAGAUUGAUUAGGCGGUUCAGAAGGGCCUUGGGCGCACAUAUAAUUUUUUUUUUUACAUUUUUUAAUAUAUUUUCAUAAAAUAAUAAAAAGAUAAAUGUACAAUAAUUAUAAAAUUAAAACAC